GAUGCAGAUUGUGAAGACAGUUCCAUAUCCGACUUAGUCUUAGAUAGUUAGUUAGUUAGUUAGUUGGUUGGUUAGUUACUUAUGACUUAGUGUCUGUUGCGUAACUUUAAACUGGUAUAUUAGCACGACCGGAAUUAUAUUAUUUCCGAUCUUUUCGGUCGGUCCAUAUUCGACUAAGCUUAUCUUAGUACCUUAACUAAGUAAUUAUACACACAAGUCACUACACAGUUAUGACAGAUAAGAAUCCAAAAGAUGGUGAUGUAUCACAAGUCACCGACCCCAAACAACUCACGACAAUUUUUAAGAAAAAUGGGUCAUUUGAUAAACAACGAAGAAGUUUAUUGAGUAACUUUAAGUCUUCAGAGACUCAUGCUAAUUUACUAUUAAAGUUAAGAAUUAUGGUAGAGAAUAAGAUUAAAAAUGAUCCUAGUAUAUUAAUGAAGAAUAAGGGGAUUAUGGGAGCUUUAAUUCAAGGAGAAAUUCUUAGUGAGUCAAAGGAUAAGGAUAAGGGGAAAGAUAAUGAAAGUGGGUCUAGUUCAAGUAAUAGUAACACUAACACCAAUACCAACACUAAUAGUAAUAGUAACACUAGUAGUAAUAAUUCUUUGAAUUACUAUAAGAAACAAACUAGUGGCAGUGGAUUGUUAAGUAUUGUAGAUAAGGAUAUUGAAGAUAAGAUUAUUGAAUCAGCAGAGUUUCAUAAUCUCUUAAAGGAUGAAUUAAAGGAUAUUCGUCGGAAAUUAGUAGGAAUAAGUGAUGAAGAUUAUAAUAAGAUACUACAACAAGAGAAAGAUGAAGAGUUACGACAACAACAAGAGGCUAAACUUAAGCAACAAGAGAAACGUUCACAUAAUCAUGGAUCACAUCAUAAUCAUAAUGAUUAUCGCAACAAUUUCCGGAUUAAGACGUUAGCAUCAAAUCAUAAAGUGACUAAACCUCGAUUUAAUUUCAGUCAUAGUAACAACAAUAUCAACAAUAAUAAUGUUAACGACAACAAUAGCACCAACAAUAAUAACACCAAUAAUAACAGUAACAAUAACAAUAAUAAACCCAACGAUGGAAAUGACGGACUGCUGAAGAAAUCCAGUAAACUGGUACCAUUCAUGAUGUAUUAAUUAAUUUAUUAAAUUAGUAUAUGUAAAUAAUAUAUACACAUAUAUAUAUAUAUAUAAUACUAUAUAAAGUCUUUAACGUCUUAUUCAUUACCAUCACCAUCAUAGAAUAUAUUAUGAGCAUUUAAUAAGAA